CUUACCCCCCCCUCCCCCUACUGUCCCUGCCUGCCGAUUGGCUGCCGGUUGGCCCAGCUGACUGCUCUCUGUCAGACAGACAGACGGACAGAGAGAGACGGGGAGGUGAUGGAGGCUGCAGCGAUGGGGUCACAGCUGGGGUCUCCAGCAUGGCGGCAGCGUCUUACGACCAGCUGCUGAGACAGGUGGAGGUGCUGAAGAUGGAGAACUCCAACUUGAGACAGGAGCUGCAGGACAACUCCAACCACCUGACUCAGCUGGAGAGCGAGGCGUCCAACAUGAAGGAAGUGCUGAAGCAGCUGCAGGGCACCAUAGAAGAAGAGUCCGGGGAGGCGUCUGGCUCUCAGCUGGAGCUCAUCGAAAGACUGAAAGAGAUGAGCCUGGAGUCUGCGGGGUUUAAGCCCAGGUCGAGGCCUCCUCUUCCCCUCUCGUCCUCCUCCAGCUCAGCCUCCUCUGGCUCCGGAGCUCCUGGAGGAGCAGCCGGAGGAUCCAAAGCUGCAGGCCCCUCCAUGACCACCGGCCUCCCCAGGAGAGGCCCACCGCCGGCGGGCAGGGACCAGGAGCGCUGCCUGGAGGAGCUGGAGAAGGAGAGGUGCCUCCUGUUGGCUGAGCUGGAGAAGGAGGAGAAGGAGAAGGACUGGUACUACGCUCAGCUGCAGAACCUCACCAAGAGGAUCGACAGUCUGCCACUCACCGAGAAUUUCACCCUGCAGACGGACAUGAGUCGGCGUCAGCUGGAGUUCGAGGCCCGUCAGAUCCGCUCUGCGAUGGAGGAGCAGCUGGGCUCCUGUCAGGAGAUGGAGAGGAGAGCUCAGGACCGUGUGUCUC